AUGUCGACAAUAUCCCCUUCCCAGUCCCGCGAGGAGUCCCUGGACACCUUGACAGCCACGGUGAACCAGACGCUAAUCGAAACUGCCCGCUUCUUCCGCGCAUCCGGCUCCACACGCGCCCGCGUCCACCUAAAACAUAACCUCCCCGUAACCUACGAGCAGUUCCAGAAGGCGCUGGAUAAUCUGUCUGAGCAGAUUUUCAUCGCCAAGGCCUUCCUGGAACGGGACUACGAUGCAGCUGCGCAGCGGAAGGAAGCGGCCCGGAGUUCGAAGAAUGCUCUUUCUGGAGAGGAUGGUGCAAAGGAUGGGGUGGUGAAGAAUAGCAAUGGCCACGGUAAUGGCCAAGGAGCAACGGAGGCUGUGGGCUCGUCUCAAGCACAGGCAGGGCCAUCUGGACAGUUUACUACGGAUACGCAACAACAACAACAACAACAACAACAACAACAACAACAACAACAACAACAACAACAACAACUACCAUUGUCGAACGGAUCGAAUACGGGGAAUGAUAAUCUAUCACUGGAUGCAUCUGCGCCGACGCAAGCAGCGCAUGCUAUUAAUUUCGACUCCCUGUUUCCCGCUUCGGACACUAAUAAUAACAACGCCAAUGAUGAUGAUGAUGAUAAUGAUGAUGAUAAUAAUAAUCAUAAUAACAACAAUAACAUCACCUCUACUUCGACUGCGAACCCCAACGCCAACGCCUUCGACAUCCCCCAUACUGCCCCUGAUACCAUCAAUACAAAUACCAAUACAAAUACUACAGGCAGGGACAUAAACACACUCACCUCCCUUCUGCCCGGACUGGAAAGCUACGCCAGCGCCGCGGGCGAUGAGUUUGGGUUUGAGAUGGGCGGGGUUCAGAAUGAGGGGACGGUAGUAGUGGGAAUGGUACUGGUGGGAAUGCGGAUGGGAACGGGAAUGGGAUUGAAUGCGGGUAUGAAUAUGGAUAUGGAUAUGAAUAUGAUGAAUAUGGGGAUGGGGAUGAAUGGUGGGAAUUUGCAUAUGGAUGAGCAGCAUCAGCAAGGGAUGGGGAUGGAAAUGGGAAUGGGCAUGGGAAUGGGCAUGGGCAUGGGCAUGGGGGAGUCGAGUUUUGAGGAUUUAUUUGUUGGGGCUGGUGCUGAUGGAGGCGGUGGGGCGGGGGAGGGUCAUGGGCAUGGUGGGCAUGGAGAGCAUGGGGAGGAUUUGUUGGGGGAUAUGGAGAUUGGGGAGUUGGAUGAUUCGUGGUUUAAGUGA